AUGCCCACCCCACUCGAAAAACCCCUCCCAAAGAGGCCUCAGCGAUUCGAAUUUGAAGACGACCCAGCGGAGCCAACUGGCUCGGUGAAGCCCCUGUCACAAAAGGGGCUGACAAUCGGACUACAACAUAGACGACAGCAGAGCUUUGAGACUCCAGAAGCUAAGGCAAAGCGACUUGAAAAGCAAAACACGGAGCAUCGGGCCACCAUUUCCAGGCUUGAGUCUCGAGUACGGGUGCUGGAACACAAAAACACUCAACAGCGUCGCAACUGGAAGCACGAAAUGCUUCAGGCGACUCUACGCCACAGCCAGUCCGUCAAUCAACAACUUGCAGCCCAGGAAGAGGCUCUGAAGGAGAUGAUCAGAGCGAUUAACACUGCUUUCGAAAACUUCAAAGUAGCGUACGAACAAGCACAGCGUAACAGUAAAGACGAACAAGAAGAGAUUCAUAUCUUCCGAGACUCUGGAAGCUCUUCAGAAUCAUUUUUUUAA